GCAGGCUCCUCCGGACGCGUCGGUCUCACACAGAGCGGCAGAGCAGAGAGAGAGAGAGAGAGUCUGUGGAUCGCUCACUACGCACCAGACCGCAGUCGGUAAACGGAGAGACGCACACGCCAGGAGCGACACGCACCGGGAGGACUUGAAGGCACCGCGCGUCGCUGCUCAGCGCAUGACCGGCAGCGGGUGGAGGAUGCUGUCAAGCCGAUCCGUGGUUGUGGAGUGCGGGUAGUGCGCACCGCUCCGCUCCGGGUUCAGGUCGCGUAAAGCGGACGCUCCGGUUCUCCGGUACCUGGAGAGGAGAAGAACCGUGUCCGUGGACUUUUCCAUCACACUGGACUUUUUGGUUUCACGCCUGCUCAGCGGUUGAUGAGAUUUUUUUUGAAGGAGAUCCGUGGCCAGUAUUUAUUCCAAGAAAGAUUUUCCCCCUCAAAAGCGCAGAGGUAGUUUUACUAUCCACGGCUGCGACUGGACUUUUCCCUUGUUUCCACUAUGGGACCUUAUAAAAAAAAGUCGCUCUGGGACAUUUGACUUUGGACUGGAAUAAUGAAUUAGCUGUCAGAAAUUUUCAUAUUCCCACUUCUAUCGCUCCAGUUCUCCAGCGCUCUCCUUUUUUAGUUUGAUAGUGCCAUGUUCGCUCCGGAGAAAUACGCACAGAAAAACUUUGGAAUAUUAUAAGUCACUCGUGCAGCAAGUUAAGUAAAAUUGUUUUAUAUUUGUCUGUUUAAGCAAAGAGAAAAAGAGAAGCAGUCAAGUGCACGAUUAAACACGAGGACAGAGACACACUUUACGUGCGUAUUUGGACACAGUCUGUCCCCUCUCUCCGACGCGUACUUGGAGAAGUUGGAAAAACAAAAACAAUUGAUCCACAACAAUGAUAACUUAUCUGGUGAGUUUCAAAUUUUAAAGCGGGCAAAGCAGUUUAUUCACCAGUGUUAUACAAACAUUUGAAUAGUUUCUUGUAUAUGUUUUUUUUCGUUUUUCUUUUUGGGGACAGACGGAAAAACUGGCCAACUGGCCGUCAUGUGGGAUUGAUUGCAAGGGAGUAUGUUUGGGCUGGAGCAGUUCACUUCUCAGAUUAAUAGCAGAAACCCUGGCCAGUCAGAGAGAAACAUAAACCAACAGAGACUGAACAUGGGAUCCCACUAUAAAAGCCCAGGUUUUCACGCUGGAGGCCCACCGGGAGCAGUAGAACCCGGCAUGGGCCCUCUGAGCGAGCCGCAAAUGCUGGGGCUCAAUAUGAACAUGAACGGAGAGCAGUACGGCGGCUUCCACCCGCGGGGCCACUCGGACAUGCAUGCAGGCGGCGGACUUCAGCCGCAGCAGCAGCAGCAGCAGCAACAGCAGCAGCAGCAAGGACCCAUGCAUGGAUUUUUUAACAACCAGCAACCUCAUCAAGGACAUCCUCACGGCCAUCAACCUCACCCCCACCAACAUCACCCACAUUUCAGUGGGAAUUUUGGAGGCCCAGAGCCAGGGUCAUCAUGCCUGCACGGUGGCAGGUUAAUGGGCUUCAACAACAAUGGCAUGGGACCACAGCAGGGCUUUGGAGAAGGAUUUGAUCCUCUCGCUGAGGGACAGGCAGGGGAUGGCUUUCCCCAGCAGCAGCAGCAGCAGCAGCAGCAGCAACGGCCUGGUAAUAUGCCUGACUUUCAACAUCACGGGCCUCCCAGUGGCAGCCAUGCUGUCCCUGCUCCCUGUCUACCCCUCGAUCAGUCCCCUAACAGAGCAGCCUCCUUCCACGGUCUCCCCUCCUCUUCAUCCUCCUCCUCUGAGUCUCAUGGCCUGGAGUCUCGGCGGAUGCCAAACCAGGGAGCUGUGGAGGGAUUAGAGUAUAACUUCCCUAGUGAGCCCCCAUCUGGACAUUUUGAUGUACCUGUAUUUUCCCCAUCAGAAUCAGAAUCUCAGUUACCCCAUUUUGGGCCAGGAAGGCCUGUUCCUGGCGGGAAUUUCCCAGGGAACCCUGGCAUGCCACGGACACCAGGUAUGCAGGGCAUCUCUAAGGGACAUCAGCCACCGCCACAACCCCAGCAGCCUCAGCAUGGAGUGUUUUUUGAGCGCUUUGGAAAUGGCCGGAAGGUGCCUGUGGGAAUGGAGCCGGGGGUCAAUACAAGACAUCCUCUCAUGCAACAGCAACAACAGGCUAGCUUGAUAGCCAGACAGAACUCAUGCCCCCCUGGCCUCCCCCGACCCCCUCAGGCUGAGCCCGGCUCCACUAACCCUAACAUUCUGGAUGGAGGGGUCAUGAUUCCUGGCCAACACAACCAGUUUGAAUAUCCCAUUCACAGACUGGAAAAUAGGGGUCUGCACCCCUAUGGGGACCCCAUGUUUAAUAUGCAACAGCCAGCUCCUCCUCCCUCCCAACAGCCCCCGAAUCAGAGGCUUCAACACUUUGACUCUCCUUAUAUGAACAUGGCGAAAAGGCCAAGAUUUGACUUCCCUAAUGCACAUGGGGGUGAAGGCUGGUGUGGUGGUAUGGAUAACCACCUCUCUCCCUCUGCGUACCCCGGCCUGCCUGGAGAGUUCACCCCACCUGUGAGUGAAGGCUUCCCACCAGGUCCCCUGCAGCAUCCUGGGCCUGAGCAGCAGUCUCUGCAGCAGCGCCAGAAUGCAGCCAUGAUGAUAAAACAGAUGGCCUCUCGCAACCAGCAGCAGAGGAUGAGGCAGCCUAGUCUGCAGCAGCUAGGCCACCACGGUGAAGUGCCUCCUGGCCCGAUGGCUCACGGAGGCCCAGUGGGGGGCAUGCCUCAGCCCAACUUCGACAGAGAGGCUGGUGGCAGGAUGCCCAACAUUGAUGGACAAAAUCCUCAUGUCACUCAGGAGAAUUCCUGGUUUCAAGGGUCCCACCCACCUGGGGAGAUGAUGUCACGGCGUAUGGGUGGAGCAGGAAAUGAAUCAGGGCCGCAUGACAUGGGUCUGCAGCAGAAUGGGGCUGGGAUGAUGUUUAGGCCAGGCAUGGGCAUGCAGGAGCCCAUGAGGAUACCAGGAGAUGGGCAUGUACAGGCUCUCCAUUCCCCGGGCAUUCACUCACAGUUCAGCGGUAACAUGGGUAACCUUUCACAAAUGCAGUCUCCAGGAGCAGGAUCAGGGCAUCCGAAUGCACCGACAGAGAGGCGGCCUGCUGACUUCCCUGCACCUCCAAUGGGAGCACAGCCAACGUUUCCCUAUGGGGGGGCCAACCGUCAGGGGUCAGCCCACAGCGCUCCCCAGGGGGUGAGCACCUCACCAGGGAGCUACCCUCCUCAGUCUGAGUUCCCCCCAGGCCAGCGGUCGUCUGUUAGUAAGCUUGGAGCUCUGUCCCUUGGGAACUUCAGCAAAACCAGUGCUAAAGACAGUGUUUUCGGGCAGAGCUGCCUGGCGGCCCUUUCCACGGCCUGCCAGAACAUGAUCGCUAGCCUAGGGGCCCCCAAUCUUAACGUAACAUUCAACAAGAAGAACCAAAAUGAGGGCAAGCGAAAACUGAGUCAGACAGAGCAGGACAUUAAUAGCAGCACAUCUAAUGGGACUGGCAGUGCUGGUCCUGAAUAUUUUCAGAGCAGCACUUCCCAGAACAGCCAGAUGCCUGGCACCGGGAAUAGCAACUCUAAGCCUGCAAGUCAAAGCCAGACGGUGCAGGGGGAAGCCAGUGCCCUCUCCCCAAAUUACAACAUGGACGCUACCCCGUGCAGUGAGGGGAAGGCAACAACAGGGAGUGGGAGAGGGAGAGGGAGGAGAAAAAGAGACAGUGGACAUGUGAGCCCUGGAAUUUUUUUUUCCUCUGACAAUGGUAACCCUGUUGUAAGUCCAGGCCAGCAGACCCCCUCAGCUGGCGUUGGGGAGAGGGGUGGGGGCACGCCCCAUGAAAAACACCUCCAGUCACCCUCAUGGGGAAAAGGAGGUGACCUAAUGUUGGGGGACCAGGCCGACCUGAUGUCUUCUUUGGACAGUGGCAUUCAAAGUGUGGCCAAGUCUGACAGUAGCUCACCACGAGUGGACUUUCCUGACGAUGUCAGCACCCACUAUGGCAACGAGGAUGAGGUGUCCUCCAGCUCAGAUGCUGGAGGGGCCCCGGUCACCAAGCCUAAUCGCAGCCCUAUGAUCACCGGCUCACCCAAAAUGCAGAGGAGUGACCCCGGGUUGAUAAAUGGACAGAAGGCCCUGAGCAUGGGCAUUAACAAUCAUACUACCUCGACACCAGACAGCUAUGGACUGAAUGCUGGUGGGGGCACAGGGGCCAGUGGGGUGAGCCACCCGGGCACUCCUGGGGUGGAGCAGGUACGCACCCCAUCCAGCACCUCUGGCCAGGAAGAUAUCCAUCCCCUGGAGAUUCUGCAGGCCCAGAUCCAGCUACAGCGACAGCAAUUCAGUAUCUCUGAGGACCAGCCUUUAGCCAUUAAAAAUGGCAAAAAGAAUGGUGACUGUCCCUCGCAGAAUGGAGACAAUGAGCUGGUGAGCUGCAGCCCGGAUGCUGGGAAGGGCUCAAUAGGCACUAUUGACCUUGACACCCUCAUGGCAGAGCAGCACGCCACCUGGUACGUGCCCAGCGACAAGGCCAUGAUGGAUGGGUCAGAGGAUGACAAGGCCAUGGGACCCUGGGAAAAAAACAAGAGCCAAAACAACAGUAAAGAAGAAUCAGAGCUGUCCCAGAGUAAGACUGGAGUUGGUGCCCCGGGCGCCGGCGGAGGUGGCGGCGGAGGUGGAGGUGGCGGUGGUGGGAGCAGCGGAGGGAACCACCUGCAGUGCCUGUCCGUCCACUGCACAGACGAGCUGGGGGACAGUAAGGGCAGAGGGGGCCCCGUCUCGUCCUGGCGCUCUCUCCACUCUGAUAUCUCCAAUCGAUUCGGGACAUUUGUGGCGGCCCUGACUUGAACAGGAAGCAGAAGGCCAAGCAGGAAGCAGUACAGAAGAUUACAACAUAAAAAGAAUGACAGAUUAAAAGACAAUGAGGAAGAGGAUGAUGAUGAUUAUGCUUAUGAUGAUGAUGAUGAUGAGAUGAUGCCUGUUCAGGGAGAGAAAGACAUUUACACUCAUAAAUGCAAACAUGAACAUACAAACACACACAUACACACGACAAACACACACACAAGAACAAACUCACACACACGCAAAAAUACCAUGUUUUUUCUGACACAUGCAGUCACACUUUAGGAAGCUCGCUCACAUACUGCUGGACAAUACAGCUUGGGCUCCACUCAACAAGGCCCAAUUCUGGAAAACCUCAAAUCGAUAUUUUUUUUUGGUUUGUUUUUUCUUUGUUGAAGAAAAAUAAAGAAAUGUCAAAGGGGAAGAAGAAAACCAGAAGAAAAGAUUUUGUCCAGUUGUCGCUGGUUGUGAUUGUAUACCAGUGUUGAGUCUUGUGACGCGACCGUGAUCUCAUGACUUUUACUUUACAUGGUUGCAGCUCUAAUGUAUAAAUCCUCCCAGUCAAUGUAACUCUACUAUUUGACAGAAAUCUGCCCCCCACCCCCACACACACACACACACACACUCUCACAAUCUCUAAUGAGGCCCACUGGUUCAUUAGAAGUGGUCUGACCCCAGAGAAGCAGACGUAGAGGAAGAUGGGAAGAGGGAUGAUUAUGCAUGAAUGUAAUCCAACAAUUUCUUUCCCCCUCUUUUUAAAAGAAAAUGUUAAACUUUAUCAUUUAAGAUUUAUUUUAGUUCUCUGUUCUUAAUAUUGGCCAGAAUAUCUCUUCUCUUCUCUUCUCUUCUCUUCUCGACUCUUCUACUGUCCUCUCCUCUCCUCUCCUCUCCUCUCCUCUCCUCUUCUCCUCUCUCCUCUCUCCUCUUCUCCAUCCUCAUGAGCUCAACCACUCGUAUACAAUCCAUCCAAUGGGAACUGAAGAUGGAGGUCAAGGGAUCGUUUUAAAAGGGAAUUGAAAAAAAAAAACUUUUGGUAUUGCACAUGUAUAAUAAGAGAAAAUUUGCUGUGUGUUAGGCAAUCUUGUAAUCUUUAAAUAAAGCUUCUGUUGAAUUUGAAUUUCUGAAACAAUAGAUGGAGGACUGUGACGGCAAUUUACAAACUGAUUUUGGUUUUUUUUGUUUUCUUUUUUUAAUAAUAUGUAAAGUGCAGUCGUCUGUUUUCCUGCAUAUUGUAUAUAUCUGUAUAUGUUUUAUUGAGUAACUAAAUAACAAUAAAUAUGACGUUAAAGGUG